AUGGACGCACGUGCCGGCACCCCGCUCACCCCAUCCUACAGCCGCAACCCCUCCACCGCAGCCGCCGCAAACCCUAGCGCAGGGAGCGUUGGCCUUGCCUCCGCCGGAGCUCCUCCGAGCAUCGGCCUCGCGCGCGGCCUCUUCAUGCCGCCGCGGAUGACCUCGGCGGCGGGUGGCGUCGCGCCGGCGCCGCCCCAUAGCUUAUUUGCAUUGUUCUAUAUAUUUUGUAGUCUCAACGAUGAUGCAUACAUGUCAACUAUGGGUGUUGGCUCCAACAAUUCGCAUUGGUCUCAAACCAAUUACAUGCACUUUGAUGACCGUGAGUUCGAGGUGGACGAGGAUGGUGAGGGCAUUGUCGACGCACCGAAAGGAAGAGCGGGCAAUUACACCAACGCCGAAGACAUCUUACUAUGCAAUACUUGGUUGCAAGUGUCGAGGGAUCCAUCCGUUGGAGGUGAUCAAAGUAGAGAUGCUUAUUGGAACCGGAUGAAGGAACACUUUGAUGUUCGCAACGUGAGUGGAAUUGACCACUUCGAGCGAUCUCUUCGGUCCCGGUGGUCGACAAUCAACAAGGAUUGUCAAAAGUGGGCGGCCGCACAAAAGGCGGUUGACAAGUUGAACCCAAGUGGCACCAAUGAGGACGAUAGACGAACAAUUGAGUUGGAUGAUAAUGAUGAGGAGGAGGAUGCAUCAAGUGAUGACGGCAAGAGAAGCCCCACACCCAACUCGGUUUCAUACUCGAAGCCAAAACGACCGGAUGGGUGCAAGAAAGACGCAAAAGAAAAGAAAAAGAGGAAAGGAGAUGAUGAGCUCAAAAAUGCUAUGGAAGCUAUUGUGAAGGCAAGAAAAGAAGCCAACGAGGUGAGGAAAAUGGCAAGGAACCAAGAUGCCGCGGCCGAGGAGAGGAGGUUGGCGGCCGAGGAGAGGAGGGUGGCGGCCGAGGAGAGGAGGGUGGCGGCCGAGGAGAGGAAGGUGCCUUUGGAGGAGAGGAAGGUGAGCAAUGAGGAGCGGACUAGAUUGUUGGAAUGGGCACUUGUUCUUCUUGGACACAUCUAUCCUCAAUGA